AUUGUGCAUCAAGUUAGAAUCAUUUUACAUUUACACUAAAUUUAGCUUCUGUUGUUUGAAUGUGAGUAGUGUGAGGCAUUGGUAGCUGUUCCAUAAAAGUGAAUUUGCUGGAUAAUGUUAGAAAAUGUUUUGUAAGCACCCACUUAGAUUUCAGACCUGUAAGCAGCUUUGUUGACUCUACUGUCAUUUUGUCCCACUUAAAGAACAUGUUGUAUCCUUAAGGUAGCUGAUAGAGACUGACUCAUGUAUGUGUUGCUCGGGAUCAUCACACGUAGAAUAGAGUCAAUGCACUUGAAGCCAUCUGUCAUUGAAUAUGUUUUCCUCAAAUACUGGCACCUCCUCACCAAAAGGUUCCUCCAGCAUGCUGUGCAUCUUGGAGAGUGUCAGAGCUCCACUGUCUGUUUACCAUGUGGCUGGAAUUCCUGGCAAAACCUACAUGAUAAUAGCGUUUUUGACAGUGGGAACUAUGGGCUUGUCAAAUACCUCUUUAGGAUAUCUGAAUUACCCUACUCAAGUCAUCUUCAAGUGCUGUAAGCUCAUUCCAGUUAUGAUAGGCGGGGUUUUUAUACAAGGAAAACGUUAUAACAUUGUAGAUGUGUCUGCUGCCCUAUGUAUGAGUCUUGGAUUAAUAUGGUUUACUUUAGCUGACAGCACAGUUGCACCAAACUUCAACUUGACAGGUGUGGUCCUAAUAUCCCUUGCCCUCUGCGCAGAUGCAGUUAUAGGAAAUGUACAGGAAAAAGCUAUGAAGUUGCACAAUGGUUCUAAUUCAGAAAUGGUUUUGUAUUCCUAUUCAAUAGGUUUUGUGUAUAUUUUAUUUGGAUUAACAUGCACUAGUGGAUUAAGCCCUGCAGUAACAUUUUGCUCAAAGCAUCUAGUUCAGACUUACGGUUAUGCAUUCCUUUUCUCCCUGACUGGGUAUUUUGGCAUAUCCUUUGUUCUAGCUUUGAUUAAAAUCUUUGGUGCCCUUCUUGCUGUAACAGUAACAACAGGAAGAAAAGCAAUGACCAUUGUGCUUUCUUUUUUGUUCUUUGCAAAGCCAUUUACAUUACAGUACGUGUGGUCAGGCUUACUUGUUGUCCUUGGUAUAUUUCUUAAUGUUUACAGUAAGAAUAUGGAUAAAAUCAAACUGCCUUCAGUGCAUGGUCUUUGGAAAAAAACUGUGGAAGAGAGAAAAACAAGGACGUUGUCACAAACUGUAUAGACAGUGGUUUAUGCCUUGUCUAGACUUUGACUUCCAAUUUUGUUGGAACAGUCUUCAACUGAUUCACUUUCCAAAGGGAACAUUAUUAAAACCAAAGGAGCUGAAGGCAUAUUAUCUGCUUGCAGAUUGCUGUAAGUGCACGCUUUUGUGAGUCCUUUCUUCAGAGCACUUGAAUUCGUCGUAAAAGAUGGUGUAGGCCGUUGUCAGAUGGCUUUAUCAGGCAAUGAAGGACAGCAGCUCCUGGCAAACUGCUGAGAAGCUGCACUCAAGUGGGACACUGUAGAAGACUAGUUUGGGCAUUUUAAUAAUAUUGGCCAUGUGGCUGAUCUGAGAUUAGUGGUUCUUUGUUAAUUGUCUAGGUGGAGUAAUUUAAAUGUAAUACUGUAUUAUUUUUUAAUGGAACCUGAUCACCAAAUUGUGAUUUAAAUCACAAUCGAAUUGUGAUUUUAAAGGUGGAAGGUUUAGAAUAUGGUAUGUUGUCACUCUUUUACAUUUUAAAUAAAAAUGUUGGGGUUUUUUUAAGUUAUUUAGAUCAUCACAGAAUUUGGUAUUUAUUGUAAUAAUUGAAAUUUUUAUGGAAAUCUUAGUGUCACUCUUUUUGACUAUUGCUUCUGAGUAACAAAACUGAGACUGAGUUUGUUUAGUCAACACUCGUACUUUAGUAAGGCGGGAAUGGGCUUUUAGGCCUGAACAGGGUGAGAACACAGAGUGAAAAAAAUCAUGAUUGAAACAGUGGUGUAAGAAACUGUUAUUUGCUUAUUCUGUGGUGAAAUACAAAAAUUUUAGUGACCUAUGGCCCUCUGUAUCAUAGUGGUGUAAAGAGACAUGGAAGUUCUCUUUAAAUUAGUGUCAUCACAUUGAAAUUCUUCAAUUUCGAUAUUGGAGUAAAAAGUAACAGCAUCUGCUAAUGUGUUUGGAAUAUGUAUCGUGUUUGUGUGGUCUUCUGAUGAAGUUAAGAGGAUUAGGGUACAGAUUACAAUUUUCUUUCUUUAAUGACAGGAGGAGACAAUGUGCUACCAGUCUGUCUUUUUCAUCCUGAAUUUAGGAAGACUAAGUCCAUUUAUCUCUCUUACUUUCAUAUUCAACUCGCUUUUGAAUCACUUGCCAUCUCUUUCAUUUUAUAUAGUUAACAAAGCACUUUAAAAAUACCAAUCACCUUGCAAAUCACUGUUCUUAUGUGGUCAUGUUUUUUCUUUUUGUUGUAUUCCUUAGAUGUAUCUUGAUGUGUGUUCUUUCAACUUAGACAAAAGUAAAUUGGAUAAUAGAAACAUAUAGUCAGAAAAAACGUACAAAGAAUUGAAAUAUCUCACAGGAUUGCCCUCUGUCAAACUACUAGUUGAUGAAAGUAUUCACAAUGUGCAAAAUGUUUUUCAGACACUUAAGAAGAAUAUCUGUUCCAAAGAGCUUGUGAUCAAAGCACAGACACAAAAUGUGCCUUAAAUUUUGCUUAUUAAAUUGGUAGCUAGCAUGUGCUAUAUUAAGUAUGUUAUGGAAUAGAACACAGAAUAGCAUAGCCAUCUUAGCACAUGGAAUGAAUAAGUGAAGAGCUAUGCUAACAUAACUGCACUGUCUCCAGCACUCAGGCUACUCUGGUGUGUCAGCAAAGCCUUUCAACCCAUACAAACCCACUGUUGCCAAGUUGGGAGAAUUUAUUGCAUAUGACAAUUUUGUUUCUUAAAAUCCCAGCUGCUGCAUGAUUGAUUGUGUCCUGGAUAAGGUAGAGAGGUGUGAAUUUGAUGAACAGAUACACCUUGAAAGAGAAGGAUUGCCUGCCAUGACCUUCCAUUUUCAUGUUACAGCCAAAGUUUUAUGGUAAGGUAUGAUAAAGUGUUACAAUUUCAGAUUUGGUGUAAGAGUGCAUUUGGCCAAGUCAAGUGGAUUGAUACACUUCUUUCCCCAUAAUAUUUAUGAUUUCUUACAUUCCCUUGUAUUCUUUUCACUAUAUGAAGUUACUCUUUCCAGUGAGGGUAAGGUAAUUUUACAGUCUCAGUUCUGCCAUCUGUAAACUCUGUCUGUUGCUAAACUUUAUUGAACUUCAGGAAAACAAACUAUGUGAAAGCUACCCUACAUGCAGAAAGUCAUAGUAAAUAUAAUUCAUUUGGCAUCUGUUUUAUUUAAAUAGAUGAGAAGUCACACAAAGUUUCUGACUGGAAUUCAAAUGUCAUAUGUAGGUUUCCAAGCUGUUUAUAUAAUCCAGUUUUGUCUCCAUUUUCUCUCUUCGGAGAGCGUAGCAUUCACAAUAAUUCACCUUUUAACUUAUUCUCUGUUUUAUACAAGACUGAGUUAAUGAAGCUCACAUUGGGGGAAGUUUUGAUUUAUUUUUUUAUUAAUUUUUUUAACUGUAGAAAUGUAUGUUUUGUUUUACAGGUGUACUUUAAAAUUAUUUUUAUACACAAAUGAAUAUUAUAGGUUUACUGUUAAUAGCAUAAAUUUAGGUGUCAGCUCUUUAUUUUCCUAGGUGUAAGUCUAGUACUUGCAAAUCAACAAUAUGUGUGGUAAAGAAAAUGCACACACAAGUUAGACUAGUUCAUAAUUUGCCACCCAUCAUGGUCUGUGCAGUUUCAUGCUUUCAUUAAGAAAACCAUAUCAGUGAAAUGCUGUUUGUGGGGUUGUGAUUUUUUUUUAAUAAGCUUCAUAGUGCAUGCAAGGAAGAGAACCUUACAAAACUACAAGUGUUCUUAUCACAAAAUUUUGUUUUUGAGUCUUCUGUAUACGUAUGUUGGUUUUGAAAUAUGAAUAAGGGCUUGUCCACAAAGUAACUGUAAAUUCUUUUUUUGUUUUUGUGUAAGAGCAUUUAUAUUGAGGUGUUGUUUAAUCCUUUCUGGUCAUGAUAACUAUUGCAUUUUAUACUCAUUGCCUCCUGUGCUCUUUAUAGUAGGCAUGAUGAAACCAUAGAAAAAACAAUCAGGUCUCUCACCAGAAGAUUUAUUAUCUAAUGUGAAAUAGUUGCUUCUUAUUCUUAUGCUACACAACUUUCUCCUCUCUACAAAAAAUCUACAAUGUAAAAAUUAGUUAUGGCAUUGAAGUUCACAGUAAAAUUUAAGUCUAACCAAGGUCUCCACUGAUGUCAGCAAUCUACCUCUGUGACACCCUCUACUUCUGCCUCCUUUGGAAAACUGAGGGAGCUCUGUUUUCCUAAAUUAGCAUGCAUUUGCAGUUGCUUUCACAUUACAUUUUUGCAUUUAUUUAGCACACUUCAGUAACAAAGUAAUUGCCUGUGCAGUGGAUUUCUUCAUUAUUUCUUCAUUCAGUAUGUCAGUAUCACCAGAACUGCUAAUUAUUCAGGUACCUAUGUGUGAAUACAAGUAUGGGAGAACUAAUGCCCUGAGCCUGCACCCCUGCACCCCAAACCUACAGUGUUUUCUGAUACUACAUUAAACUGGUUUUUGCAAUCUUGUUUUACCACUCCUGUGCUUUGAACUUACGAAACAUUUCAAGUUAAACUUAGGCAUACAUCAUAACUACUUGUCUUCCUUACUUCCUUACUUAUCUUUCUUAAUUUUGGAUGGUAACUCCGUUUUUAGUGUGCUCUGUUGAUGCACUGUGCAUUUUUUCAGGUUUAUAUUUCUGCAUUUAAGGGCUUACAUCAUACUAUUGCAGGUUGGUCACAUUCCAUAUUUUGUGUUUCAUAUCAGUCAUAGCCAUCUGGAUGAUUCUUUUAAAUCCUCUUUUCUCCAUGAAAAAAAUCUUUCCUUUCAUACAUUCCGUUAUUUUUGGAAAGGUCUUGAUGAGUACACGUAUGAGUUAACUCCUUGACCUCAUUCCAUCUUCCAAGAAAAUCUCUCUUCUCCCUUGCUUGCCUUUGAGAACUAAAGGAAGAGGAAAUAAAUUAUUGCAAGUGCUAUUUUUUUCUUUAAUAAGUGCCUUCCAUACUAACCUGGUGUGUCUUAAUUGUUUCUUUUUUUUCUGCCUCCCAUGCUCUCAGGCAGAAACAAGCCCUUGUCUCAUGUUUGACCACUGCUUGUUCAGUCAUGGAAACUUUUUGAGUUGUUUACUGUUCUGAAAAGAGGUAUAAAAUUGCAUGUAUACUCUGGAGGGCAGGAAAUAAUAAGUAUACUUCACAAGUUAAGGAAGUAAUUAAAUGGAUUAAUACUUUUUCUGGAGGGAUUUUAUAUAUGGUUUAGGUAAUAGCUCAGAAUUUGUUAGUGGAAGGGGUUUUUUUUCCUUUUACAUUUUACCUGCUUAAAAAUCUUUAUAUUAAUUUUAAUAUUUAAUAUAAAACUCCUGACUGUUCAGGCAGUUUAUAGAGAUUAAUUUCAGUCUUGCCUAUGAGGCAGAGAAGUCUUGUCUCCAUUUCACUGAUGUAGAAAUGGUAACUUGCCCAAAGUUGCCUUAGUAAAUCUGCAGGGAGCAAGGAAUAGAUGUUAACACCCUCAAUUGUUCUAUGCCCCAAGUCCAGCAGAGCCCUUCUGUACCUUAAACAAAGCAGUACCAACGUAAGCUCAGUUUUCUUUUACUCCAGUUGUAGAGAUGUUAAAUUGUUUCUGUUCCUUGUUCUAUACUAGCGUAAUUUAAAGGGAAAUUAAGACAGCCAUAAAAUAGAUUUCCUGCAUUUUAUUUGAAGCUUCUUUGUAUUGUUAUGUUCUUGUUGAUUUGUUCUAUAUUCUGUGAACACUGCUAUGGAAGCAAACCAGAGAGAUUAGCAGUUGUACAAGAAGCAUAAUAUCCUUCACUUUAAGGUGACUGGUGCAUCUUGCUGCUGGUCAAAGCUGCCGUUGGAAAACUGUGAGGAACUAUCAUCACAUGAGGAAUUGAGCAUAAUGGUGUCAUGCCAGGUCUGUAUCUUUUCGCCAUUCACUUGUAGAGAAGCAAAGACUAAUGCAAUAAAGAACAUUCAUGCACAAGUACUCAGCUUGUACUUAAUGCUGAUUUAACACUUUUCUACACCUGGAUUCUGCUAGUUUGCUGGGGUUUUGAGGUUUGAUAAUAAUGUAUUGCUUCUCUACACUUGUGGUUAUUUAGAUGCUUUCUUUCCUAGAUUUCUCGGUUUUAUGCUUCCUUGGGUUUUUUUUCCCUUACUUGUAUUUUAAGUGUAAAGUUUUACCUUGUCAUUUUCAUUACGCCUGUAGUAUUGUGUCCACUUCUGGGCUCCCCACCACAAGAGAGAGAUGGGGCUGCAGGAAAGAGUCCAGCAAAGAAGAUGAUGAACUGGAGCAUCUGGGUCUGUUCAUCCUUGAGAAGAGACAGCUCAGAGGAGUCUCAUCAAUGUGUAUCAACACUGAAGAGAGCCUGCAAAGAAGAUGGAGCCAGGCUCUUUUCAGCGAUGUCUAGUGACAGGACGAAGGCAGUGGACACAAACAGAAAUACAGAAGGUUUCCUCUGAACAGCAGGAAUCACUUUCUUACUAUCAGGACAACUGGCAGAGGUUAGCCAGAGAGCUUGUGGAGUCUCCACCAUUGGAUAUAUUCAAAAACUCUGGACGUGGUCCUGGGCAACUGGCUUUGCUUGAGUAGGGGAGGUUGUACCAUAUGGCCUCCAGAGGUGCCUUCCAACCUCAGCCACUCUGUGAUCGUAAAUCUUAAUAUCUCUGUGUAUCUUUAACUUUUUCUCCUGUUUACAAAGUGUUAAUAAAUGUAUUUAAAACAUAAA